GCCUAUCCCAGUACUAGAUGCUAUCUGCAUCACCAGAUAUAUGUGAGGUUCUGCUCACGAUGACUAUUAACAAAAUGAUCAAGUUCAUCACUGAUGACUCUCUCCCACCCUAACCACUAUACAAAGUACGAAAAGGUAGCGACCCACGGUACGAAUUAAUCCCUACCAAUUACUGCUGACCUCCAGCAGAGAAACCAUUGGAUUGUAUCACACGACGUUGGCUUCCCCAUACUCGCUGAUGUCAACCUGCAGCGUCAUGACCUCAUUCGAAAUCGUGGCAUACUUAUACCCACGCUAGCCUAAAUGUUCAUUUCAACCUCCGAAUUUACUCAAAGGAAUCAUCACACCCAUCUAGUACCUCAAUCAGCCAACAUGGAACCAAGGUAUAACACCAGAAAGUGGUCGAACCGCGUCCGUGCCAAGGACGAAGCUCCAAGCUCUGUCGAACAGCCAGACCAGCAAACCGGCUACGCUAACAUGAACCCCACCAAGCAGUACGCUGCGCCCUCCCAGACCACCAGUAGACACGUCCAACCUUCCCAACCCGAACAGGGCUACAGUUCCAAAUACCAUUUUGGCCAUGACGAACUGGAUCACCCAGACGAGAUGUUGAGACCAGAAGAGUAGAAGGGAUAUCGAGAGUCACUGAGAAAUGAGUCGUCUUGCUUUGAGCCACGGGUAGUUCCGUUUCACUCUUUAUCAUGAUUGAUCUAUAGUUAUUGCAUAAUGCUUGUGUCUUGGAAAUCAAAAAAUUGUAGCUUGCCUUCA